CCAUCACCAUUAAAGUGCCAUCUCUAGGAACAAAAACAAAUAAAAAAAAAACACAGAUUUUCUCAAUAUUAUUUUGCUGGAGUAAAACCGGGAAUAGCCAUGAAGUCGGGUAGCAGCAGCUCCGAAUCCGGCAGUUCCACAACUAGUGGGUCAUCCUCAUGUUCCGACACAGGCAGUUCAUCCGAUACAGACUCCAGCAGUGCGACCCCCGACGAGAAGCCCCCAACAGGCAGCGGGGGCACUGGGACCGGAGCAGGAGGAGGCACAUCAGCCUCUGUAACAGGACCAGGAUCUGGACGUCGUAAGGCUCCAGAAAAUGAGAAAUCAACUAAAACUGCCAAUAAGAGAUUAACCAGCGAUGAUGACCAAGAUGAGGAUGACGAGGAGGCUAUGCCGCCAGCGGCCAAAAAAAAUGCAAGGGGAACAGGAACAACGGCAGCAGCAACAGCUGCAAGAAGGAAACCCAAUGCUCCAAGUGGCCCCAAGGCGGCACCAGCCAAGCGAGCGGCUAUGGGCAAUGGCACCAGCAAACGGCCAUCGCUCUCCUCCUCUUCGAAUAGCACCGAUGACUCCAAGGAAAUGAAAAACGGACGCAAAGUGCCUUUGAAAAUGGCCAGCACGGCAUCGGCCGUGAGGGCCAAACAAUUGAGGCAGCAGCAGCAAAAGAGUAAAAAUGGAACUGCUGCUGCUUCACGAGCUGCUGCCGCUGCUGCUGCAGCAAGCAGCGAUGGUAGCGAGGAGACCGAAAGUGCCAGCAACUCCAACGAUGAUGAUUCCACUUCGGCCAGUGAGUCGGAGGGCAGUGAUUCGACAAAUUCCUACAGCUCCCAACCGCCUAAGAAUGCCAAGGGCAAGCGACCCGUUGCCCAGGCCAAACAGUCCAAGGACAGUGAAGAGGAGCGCCGCGACAAAGCCAAUCCCAUGCGUAAGCUGACGCGAUCCCUGAGUAUGCGGCGCACCAAGCAACAACAGCAACAAAAGCAGCCGGCUCAAAAGCCGGAAACCGACACCGAAUCCGACAUGGAUCUCGAUGAUGAUGAGGAGCAGAGCAAACCUCUGCUUGGCAAAAAGACUAAAGUAAAAAAGGAAAUUGGAACAAUGACAUCAGUUUAUAAGCCACCAAUCGUCUCUCCAAUAAUACCCCAUCCACCAUCCUCCUCUGCCUCACAAUUGGAGAAGAAAUGUCCCAUCGAGGGAUGUGAUUCAUCAGGUCAUUUAAGUGGUCAUUUGGAUCGUCAUUUUCUACCCGAAGCCUGCCCCAUCUUUCACAAUAUGUCCGCCUCCGAAUGCAAAGAGCGAGCCAACGAGCGGAAACUACGCCAAGAGCAACGCCUCAAGAUGCCCAUCAACAUAGUGACCGCUCCCGGCGGGAAUCAGUCCGUGAAUCAACACAAAUCCCUGACACCCGAGCAAAAAGAAUUUCUAGCCAAAAUACGUGAAUCGAGGGCGAACUUUCGUCCUGCCCAUAAUCAUUUAUUCAAUGAUAAGGUCAAAAUGGAAAAAGACUGCACGGAUGAGGAUCGUGAACCGAAUUUAAUGGGUCUUGUUCCCGAUUAUGAUUUGCAACUGUUUCGUGAGGCCCAAGCUCAGGCAUCGGAGCGGAUAGAAGAUGAGCUCAAGGAUUUGCCCGUGGGCAAGGGCAUCAAAUACAUCAGCAUGGGUAAAUACAAAAUGAAGGUCUGGUAUCAAUCUCCAUAUCCCGAUGAUGCUGCCCGCCUACCCAAAAUGUAUAUAUGUGAGUUCUGUUUGCGAUAUCAGAAAUCAGAGACUGGAAUCAAAAGGCAUGCCGAGAAGUGUGUAUGGCGACAUCCGCCCGGCGAUGAAAUCUAUCGCAAGGGCAAACUUCAAGUGUGGCAAGUCGAUGGCAAACGAUAUAAACAAUAUUGCCAACACUUGUGUUUACUUGCCAAAUUCUUUUUGGAUCACAAGACUUUGUAUUACGAUGUGGAACCAUUUCUAUUCUAUAUCAUGACCUUGGCCGAUGUCGAUGGUUGUCAUAUUGUGGGCUAUUUCAGUAAGCAUAUUCCAUUUCUGCAGGAAAAGAACUCAUUCUACAAUGUCUCUUGCAUAUUGACUCUGCCGCCAUAUCAACGCAAAGGCUAUGGACGAUUACUCAUCGAUUUUAGCUAUCUCUUGACACGUGUUGAGGGUAAAAUUGGUUCACCCGAGAAACCAUUAUCCGAUUUGGGUUUAAUAUCAUAUCGUUCAUAUUGGAAAGAUGUCUUACUGGAUUAUCUAUGCAAUCGUUCGGGCAAUACCCUUUGUAUUAAAGAUGUUUCACAAGAAAUGGCCAUAUACUCAUAUGAUAUAGUCAGCACCCUGCAAGCAUUGGGAAUGAUGAAAUACUGGAAGGGCAAGCAUAUUGUACUCAAAAAACAGGAUGUUCUGGAUGAGUAUGAGGAGCGGGUGAAACGUCGUGGUACAUUUCCCAAAAUUGAUGAUUCCUGUCUGAGAUGGCAACCAUUCAUACCGGCCCAACCGAGUGCAUCGCCAUAACCACGUGACUGGAAGCAUGCCUUGGCGUGCUUUUUCGAUGACGAUGACGACGACGACGACCAUAACUCUUCCUCCUGAUGUGUAUUAGCUUAGAGAUUUGCAAUUUCUAGUUUUACUUUAUAGUUAUAAUACCAAUUUAAGCCUAAAUACAUAUGUAUAUUAAUAGUUAGUUAAAAACUAAGCAUAGUCUAUAGGAUUUAUAGUGAAAUUUUUGAUUAAAACAAACGAAAUAUACAUACAUUCAAUAGA